UCCUAUGCGAAUGUAUAAGCUCUCACAGUCUGUCACCUGGAGGCGCUAUGUGCUGCAGAACAGACGUCAGCCGAGCUCUACAGAUCCGCCACGCGUUCGGCACCAAGAUUUGCUGUCCCUAGACACAAGUCCAUCUGGCUAGUGCAAUAUCUUUCACAGCUUGGUGACAGGAGCUUUGGUGGUUUAUGCUAGUAGCGGGAGCUCUACACAAGGACCGAAAGAAGCGGAUGUGUGUGAGAUUAUUUGUGUCUUUUUGUGUGAGAGUACGGAUUAUCCACAAUGACGGUGGAUUUUCUCGAAUAUUCGGAUAUUUCAUCGGAAGUAAAAGGCGCUAUGUGUCUUGGUCGACUAAAGUUAACUGAUCAACACAUAAUUUUCAAGAACAGUAAAACUGGAAAAGUUGAACAGAUAAAUGCCAGUGAUUUGGAACUUGUAAACUGGCAGAGACUUGUUGGUUCAUGGGGCAUACGACUUUUUCUGAAAAAUGGCAUACUUCAUCGAUUUGCAGGCUUUAAGGAAGCGGAGCAAGAGAAAGUGGCAAAAUUCUUCUCUAGUAACUACAAGAAAGAUAUGUUAGAAAAAGAAUUGAGUUUGAAAGGAUGGAACUGGGGUACAGCAAAAUUUUCUGGUGCAGUAUUAAGCUUUGAUGUGGGAAGUAACACUGCAUUUGAGAUACCACUGAACAACGUAUCCCAAUGUACAACUGGUAAAAACGAAGUCACUCUAGAAUUUCAUCAGAAUGAUGAUGCUCCUGUAAGUCUGAUGGAAAUGAGAUUCCACAUCCCAUCCAGUGAGAUGGCUGGUGAUAUUGAUCCUGUAGAAGCCUUCCAUCAAAAUGUGAUGAAACAAGCUAGUGUGAUUAGUUUAUCUGGAGAUGCAAUAACGACAUUUAAGGAGAUUCAGUGCUUAACUCCAAGAGGUCGAUAUGAUAUCAAGAUUUUUCAGUCAUUCUUCCAACUCCAUGGUAAAACAUUUGAUUACAAGAUACCUAUGUCUACUGUACUACGUCUUUUUGUGCUGCCUCAUAAAGAUAGUAGACAGAUGUUCUUCGUGGUCAGUUUGGAUCCUCCAAUAAAGCAGGGUCAGACAAGGUACCACUACCUUGUUUUUCAAUUUGGUCAAGAAGAGGACAUUACUGUUGAACUACCUAUAUCAGAAGAGGAACUGCAAGAAAAAUAUGAAGGAAAAUUAAGUAAGGAAAUGACUGGACCAACAUAUGAAAUUUUGGGAAAAGUUAUGAAAGCCAUUGUAAACAGAAAAAUUACAACACCAGGAAAUUUUGUUGGGCACUCUGGUACACCAGCUAUAUCUUGUUCAUACAAGGCAGCUGCUGGAUACCUCUACCCAUUGGAAAGGGGAUUUAUUUAUGUUCAUAAGCCUCCUGUGCAUAUUAGAUUUGAAGAAAUAGUCAGUGUUAAUUUUGCAAGAAGUGGUGGUGGUACAAGGUCAUUUGAUUUUGAAAUUGAAACUAAAUCCAGUGUUGUCCAUACAUUUAGUAGUAUUGAGAAAGAUGAAUAUGGAAAAUUAUUUGAUUUUAUAACAGCAAAGAAAUUGCGAGUGAAGAACAGAGGAAAAUCGGACAAACUUUCAUAUGCAGAAGACUUUGGUGAUUCAGAUCAGGAAGAUGAACCAGAUGCAUACCUGGCACGUGUUAAAGCUGAAGCUGAGGAACGAGAUGAUGAGGGAGGUGGCGAGUCAGAUGAAUCCUCAACAGAUGAAGAUUUUAAGCCAAAUGAAGUUGAAAGUGAUGUUGCAGAAGAGUAUGAUAGUAAUCCUAGCCCAUCUGAUUCAGAAGAGGACUCUGAUGAAGCGUCAGACAAGGAGAAAAAGAAGGAGAAAAAGGAAGAAAAAGAAAAGAAGGAAAAGCCUCCCAAGAAAGCUAAGACUGUUUCUGAAAAACCAAGAAAGAAAAGAGAAAAGAAAGAGAAAGAUGAAAAUAAGCCCAAGCGUCCUGCAACUGCAUUCAUGAUGUGGUUAAAUGCUUCACGUGAGAAGAUUAAGGCCGACAAUCCGGGUAUUGCAGUGACAGAAAUUGCAAAGAAAGGUGGAGAAAUGUGGAGGGAGUUAAAGGAUAAAUCAGAGUGGGAAGCAAAAGCAGCAAAGGCAAAAGAAGAAUACAAUAAGGCAAUGAAGGAGUACAAGCCACCACCUGCUGAUGAGAAGAAAAAAGAAAAGAAAGAACCAAAGAAACGUGAAUCCAAACCUUCACCAGUUAAAGCGGGUGCCUAUAAGAGUAAAGAAUACAUAAGUGAUGACAGUAGUGAUAGUGACGAUGAGAAGAAAACUGCUUCUAAGAAGGCUGAUAGUGUUCCAAAGGAAAAGAAACCUGAAGUUAAGAAAGAAAUAAAGGAAGAAAAGGCAUCUGAUGAAGAAGAAGAUGAUGAUGAUUUUGAAGAACCAAUUGAGAAGACACCACCCACCAGUGAGGAUGAAGACUCUGCCUCUGGAUCAGAAAGUGACUAACUGGUAUUUUUGUGAAAAGUGUUUGAACUUCAUUCCAACCACUGUGAAUCUUGUGUAAGACAAAACGUAAAUGUGUAGUUACUGAUGCACAUCUCAUACCUGAGAAUUUUACUGGUGACUUACAUAAUAUCAAGCUGUAUAUAUUUACUUUUUUGUAUUUGUUGCUAAGACUUUUUAAAAAAAUACAAUAAUUUUGUAAAAGCCA